ACGCGCGAUGCGGCGUUGCAGCCGUCCGUACGGGACGUAAUACCGAGCCGUCCGAACAGUGACUUCAAGUUCGUACUGCCGUGCUGAACUGCGGCGCGUCCUCUUCCUCCUACCUGCAGCGCACCACAGUGCGCAAACUUGAUAUCUCGCGGCCUGGUCUCUCUACUCUAUUAUCUGUUCAAGGAGUCAUCAUCAAAAUGGAUUCUGGGGCGGAUGCUGCCGACGCUCGAAGCCUUUUGCCCGUAGUCAAAUCCGAGCCCGGCGAGCCCAUCCUUGAUUUUGAUCCGCAAAUUCAUCUAAGCCCGAGUCGACCCUCACUGGCAGACCACGGCAACGUUGGAUAUACCGUCUAUCGCAAGAGCGAUCAGAUUAGGUUUGGCAUUCAACCGGCGCUGUCAGAGUGCCUGUCCAUGGCCGACGCGAUUGGCAAGCGUAUAGAAGAUCUGAACCUGGAAGUCAGCAAGAGCCGCUUAAGGAAAGACAUGUGGAUGCGCACACUCAGUCAGAUUCGUGACAAAGCCCAAGAGAAGACGUUCACUGCGGUGUGCGGAGCCACUGGGGCCGGCAAGUCGUCGUUAAUCAAUGCAAUUCUUGACGUAUCUAUAUUACCUACCAGCGGGGGACAAGCCUGCACUUCUGUAGUCACGGAGAUUUCCUGGCACGAUGAUACGAUGUUUAUUGCAGAUGUCGUCUUCCUAUCCGAGGAGGAAUGGUUGGAAGAGCUGCUUCCACUUCAUCAGGACCUGAAGGAUGCGGACUUGACCGGCGAGCCGAGAAAGGAAUUGAAGGAGGCGUGGGAUAAGUUUCGUGCCGUGUAUCCAGACGUGAGAGAGUCAAAAGAGUUGAAGAAGGUUGCGUCAAUUGCAGGAUUUGUUCGCUCAGAUCAAGCGACGUACCCCGUCCUCGGCAAGACGACCACCAUCAAGAAUCGUCAAAAAGACUCCUUUGUGCAUGAACUGCAACAGUACGUCAAGGCUGAGAAGCACUCAAGCAGCAAUGCCCACCGGAAGCGCCAGCUAUGGCCGCUGAUCAAAGUGGUCAAGGUACGGUGCAACGCCCCGGCCUUGACAUCUGGAGCCGUGUUGGUCGACUUACCCGGCACGGCUGAUGCCAACCGCGCACGCGCUAGCAUUGCAACCACAUACAUGAAGCAAUGCAGUCACGUCUGGAUAGUCACGAACAUCAGACGUGCCGUUGAUGACCAGAACGCCCAGGGUGAGUGCCAAAGGCAAUCAGCGAAUGGCACAUACGAUGACAGCCGUAUUGCACUUAUCGCCACACAGACGGACCUGAUUUCACCUUCGGAGAUGUUAGGUGAUGGCGGCUUGGACGAUACUGAUGAUACCGAUCUCAAGGACGUCAUACAGAAGGAAAAGGAAGCCAAUGAUGAGAAGAAUGCAUUGAAGCGUGAACUAGACCGCUUGUUUGCCGCCACGCCGCACGCUCAACAUGUCGGUCAGGUGACAGAAAGUAGAGGAUCUGGAAGGAAACGGCGUGACUCUGUAAGCUGCCCUGAUGUUGCAUCGAAGAGGACUCGGCUUGCAACUCGGACGACGCGGCAUGCCAUAGAAUGUCAGGUGGCAGGCACCUCAGACACCUCUAUCCCUCAAUCCAGGUCUGUAGACUGGCAGCAAGUUCCGAUGUGUACCUCGGCCGACUCGUUGCGGGAAGCUACUAGCGCGCACGACCGUACUGAUGAAAUCGAGUGGAUUCGUGUCAAGUGUGCUGAACUCGAGAUGGAGCUUUGCGAGCUAGUUGCGAGGAAACGCGUGCUUUGUUCCCUGAAACGUUCGAGGGAGAGUCUCGGCAUCAUGAGACGCAAUUUCAUAGAUCAACUGAAAGAUCUGGACGCAGCAGCGGCGGAAGAAAAGGACCCGGACAACUACGAUCCUUCUGAACCGCUGAGAGACUACUCUCGUGUGGAUCCACCCGUCUUCAGCUGCAGCGCCCUUGACUAUCUGCGUAUACAAUCACACGUAGUUGGAGAUGGAGACCCGAAUUGCUUCUCUGACCCAGGGAACACGGGUAUUCCAAGUAUCCAAGAGUGGUGUCGCAAUCUCGGAGACCUUUGUCGGAGACGAUCCCUCCCUGGUAUAUGGGAGAGUCUAGAAGUUCUUGCUGAAUCCGUCCACCGCUAUGUGAAAGAUGUCAGCCUGGACGACGUCACAAAGGUCGACAGCGAAGUGAUGAGGAAGCAAUGUCAAUCGGGGUUGGUCAGCAACAUCGGCAUUGCGAAUAUCAUGAAGGAGUGCCUCCACAGAUUAGCAGACGACCGAAGUCAAGAUCUACAUGACAGCCUUUCUACGUCCUUGGGAUGGAUUGUUCGAGCGGCCGCCCUCAAGGCCGGGGAGAAGGCUGAGCAGAUAUCCGACGCAUUCGCUGCAGGCAUGCAUUGGCAAACAUAUAAGGGCACGCUCCGUAGAAACGGUGUAUGGAGGCAAGAUCUCAACUUAGAUCUAACUCUGCCGUUCAUGCUUGGAAUCGCUGCACAAUGGUCAAAAGUAUUCAGUGAUCGUUCGCUUGAUCUCAAAGAAGCCGCGACCAGCAUUGUCAAUCAGACGUUGUCGGAAGUCGAGGAGUCUGCGACCCCAUUACUGAAGGAUCUAGCCCACUCCCAAGCGGAGCACUGUAGGAGGGAGUUGCAGCAACUACUCGACGACAUCGUACGUGUUAUCGAUAAGGUUCUCGAGGAAGAGCAAAGAACUGCUAGUCGCUGCCUGGCUCCGCAUAUCAUGGAUGCUCUGAAGCCUGCCUAUGAGGAAGCGUUUGCUCAAAGCGGGCCGGGUUCCGUCGCACGUCGCAAGAACAUCUUUCAUAACUGGAUAACCAAGCUCAAGAAUAGUGUAUUCGAUGACGGGGCAGAUGUGCUUCUAACACUGCUGGAAGACAUUACGACUUCGGUGGGAGAGCGUCUCAAAAGGGAAUUUGAUGUGCUCAGUGAGCGGAUGGAGGUGACGAUGAGUGUGUUGUGGGACCGUCCCGGGCGCGAAAACCGAUUGGAGCUGAAGGCCUGCGUACGAGCCACAGCGACCACGGUAGAGGUCAAAGAACAAAUCCCACUGUGGCGCGCCGCCGCCAACUUGUCUAUGAACUAGAGACAGCUGCGCCGAUUUCAGAAUGUUGGCUUGGAUCUACCAUAACGUCGCGAUGAUAACCAUGUCUCAUGUUCCUUUGGUGGCGUAGACCUCGGUUGAGUACUUUUCAUGAAAUGAUAUACCGUCGCGCGUAUGUUAGCUGCAGUACUCCAUACCGUUCUCCGGUCGGUGCAGAAGUCAAUACAGGACUAAGGAUCGCGGAAUGCUCUCAGCAUUGCACCUCGCCGAGGGUCGCGUCACUGCCGCAGCCCUGGGCCUAACGCCAUAUGGAAUAACUGGGUAUGUCUGCUGUGCUCCUACGACAAGGCACCACUGCAACACUCGGUGGCCAUUUGCGUAGUCAUGCUCGCACAUACACAGUCCAAAUGAAAUGUAUUACGCGUGACAGUGUCAUACAAUCGAUGUUCGUGAGCCCGCUAUACGAUCUGCA